GUGUAGGGCAGUCUUACCCGGAAUGAGGUUAUCAUUAGUGUCUCACCCAAACACUCUCAGAAUUAUAUGGUCCACUCCACACAAGGAAUAAACCCAACCAAUAGAAUUUGUUCAAUUAAAUAACAAAAGUAGAAAAUAUUGUACUCCUACAAAAAACAAAAGCCGUUUCGCUUUAUUUAGCUAUUUAUCAUUACUUGCCAAAAUAAACCAAGAAUCCUCCUCCUUCUCUGUCUUUUUCUCUCCCGCCAUGGACGACUCUGCUACCAAUACCAACAGCAACAAGAAUAGUAAUAGCAAAAAUAGUAGUGGCAAUGGGGGUGUUGUUAUUGGUGGGACUUUAGAGACGGCAAGAGCAGAGAAAGCUGUGUGGUUAAUGAAAUGUCCUGCUUUAGUUUCUAACUCUUUAAAGAAAAACCCAUCUUCUCCUGAUAAUGAUCCUUCUCGUCCUAUUGCUAAAGUUAUUCUCUCUAUCAAUCCUCUUAACUCCAAUGAUGAUAAUUCUUCUCGUCAGUUUACUAUGGAAUUGGCUGGCAAUGAAUCUGGAAAUGCACCCAAGUCUUACUCUAUGGAUAUGUCUGAAGACUUCAUUCCAAUGUUUGUGCUUUCUGAAUCAGCUCAAGGAAAGGUUUCUGUUGAGGGAAAAAUACUAUAUAAAUUUGACAUGAGGCCCCAUACUGAAAACCUUGAGAACUAUGCAAAAAUGUGUCGUGAAAGGACAAAGAAGUAUAUGACCAAAGGCAGACAAAUACAGAUCAUCGACAAUGACAAUGGGAGUCAUAUGAGGCCCAUGCCAUUGAUGAUUGCUUCUGGAUCCAAUGAUAAGAAGAAACCACCUGCCAAGGCAACAGAUGUAAAAAGAACUAGAAGGGAUCGUGGAGAGAUGGAAGCGAUCAUGUUUAAGCUCUUUGAAAGGCAGCCAAAUUGGACAUUGAGACAACUGAUUCAAGAGACAGACCAACCUGAACAAUUUCUGAAAGAUAUCCUUAAAGAACUUUGUGUCUAUAACAACAAGGGAACUAAUCAAGGAUCAUAUGAGCUAAAGCCAGAAUACAAGAGAUCAACCGAGGAAUCAAGUCCUAGUUAAGAUGUUGUUGACUGAUUACAGGACAGGAACCUCUAGCAAUACUAACCACUGUUUUCCUCAUCCCUUAUUCCCAAGCUACCAUAGUUUUUGCCUUCUUUUCUUACCUCUAACUCUCAAAGCAGCAACUGGUGCCAUUUAUUUCUAGCUUUUGUGAAUUCAAUGUGCCUAACAUGGGUCAAGCAAGUUACUUUUGUUUAGUUUCAUGGAGUUCUUGUCUAGCUUGAUUCAGAUUUAGAUAUCUGUAACUGUAAAUAAUUUAGAUGAAUGCAGCACUUUUCUUUGUUAUUAA